UUUGGCGCGGCCGCCGCGUCCCUUCCCCUGCGGCCGCGGGGCAGCGCUGGGCGGCGGAGCGGGGCUGAAAGACACACAGGAGUCUUCAUGGAUAUAGUUGAUACAUUUAACCAUUUAAUUCCUACUGAACAAUUAGAUGAUGCCCUAUUUCUAGAAUCCCACCUGGAGAAUGAAGUCUGUGAGGAUUUUAGUACAAGUCAAAAUGUCUUAGAGGAUUCGCUGAAGAACAUGCUCAGCGAUAAGGAUCCUAUGCUAGGAUCUGCAAGUGCCCAGUUCUGUUUGCCUGUUUUGGAUAGCAAUGAUCCCAAUUUCCAGAUGCCUUGUUCUACAGUUAUUGGUCUUGAUGAUACUAUGGAUGAAGAAGGAGUUAAAGAGAGUGGUAAUGACACCAUUGAUGACGAUGAGCUUGCUUUACCUAAUAGGACUUUGAGAAGCCGUGCUGAAGAAGCAUCAGUCACAUCACCAAGGAAAUCACCACGUUUAAUGGCACAAGAACCAGUACGGAGUCUGCGGCAGAGCACGCUAGCCAAGCGUUCAAAUGUUGCUCCUCCUCCUAAUACCAAGAAAUCAUCUGUAAAAAGUGGGUCUGCUCCAAAAAAUGGACAGAAACAAGAGAGAAGUCCAGUUCAAGAGACAGAUGUUGCUGCACGCUUGAAAACUGAGCAGCCUAGGGAGGUUAGGCGGAGUACAAGACGAUCAGGACAGGUGGAAGGAGCAGCAGCAGCAGUAACAGCAUCCCAAAGUAAUACAAAAUGUCUGCCUGGUCCUGAAGAUGUGAAAGAAAUAAAGUCUGAAACCCCUGAGCAGGCAAAAGUUGAAGAAACAUCCCAAGAGUUAAGUUGUGCUAAUUUAACAGAACCCUGUUCUCCUUCUCCUGGAGAAACAAAGGAAAUAGUAGAGGUUGCAAUGAACACUGACUCUGGGAGUGCUGAGUCAGUUUGUUCAGUAUCUGCAGAUACUGAAAUGAUUCCAGUUAAAAAUGAAACAAGUGAUGUGAUAGAUUCAAUGGACUUGGAAAAUUCUUCAGAAGAAAAGACUGAUAAUAAAGCAGAGGAAUCAGAGAAGAAAGCAGAGGAACAUAAUCAAAUUGAAGUAACUGGAAAAGAUAAUGAUUCAUCUAGUGCUUGCAUGAAUGCAGAUGGAAUUUGUGAGACCUUUUCAAAUUUGUCCAGCUCUGUGAAAGAGGAGGGUGAUUGCAGUUCAGGUUCCCACAGUGUGGAAGUUCUUGAUGAAAAUACAUUGUCAGUAAAGGAAUGUGUAACAGAAGCUGGAGGUGAUGACAAGGGAAUGGAGAAAACUGAAUCUCCAUCUGAGAAACUAUUGGACAAUACAGACUGUGAUAAUAAAGACUUGAAAAGCAAAGAGUUUACUUCUGCUGACCCAGGAAACAGCAUUUUAGAAAGCACUGUUGUUGACCAGUCAAGCCAAAAUGUACAGCAGCAGAUUGGCAGUACUAAAGUAGAAGGCCCUGAGGCAUCAAAAUUUCAGGAUGAUGAGAAACAAAUUGGUAUUUCAACAAAAUGUGAAAAGAACAUUAGACCCCGGCCUAGUAAAUCUGUAGUACAGAAUAAACAAAAUCUGACUGCAGGUACUCGGCAGAAAUCAGGUUCGGUGCAACAAGAAGUGACACGGUCACGAACGAGAGCUGGUGUUGCUGUUUCGGGCCUUCACAGUCCUUCUUCAGCAAGUCUGAAGCGAAAUGCGGAUGAGCAAGAGAGUCAUCAGCAUCCAAAUAACCCCGUUAAAAUUAGAAAGAAACAAUCUGAUCUGGGUUUGAAAUCAAAGAGCAGCGUUUCAGGGGUGACUGUAAAAAAACAGACCAACACAAAGCUAAAGAAAAUACCCCGAGUCCAGGCUUCUGGGCAAGCCCAGAAAUUAUCAGUUCAAAAAGCAAGUGAGAAAUCUCCUACUCAUCAAAGCUGUUCUAAAGAUAACCACCACUCUGUGCAUUCAUUGUCAGGUCACGUUUCACAUCCUGGCCAGAAGCAAGCCAGCAAACACCAACUUGCAACUGGGCUAAAAGCAAAUAACUCUACAAAGGAAGAGGCAGAGACUAAAGAUCCCUCUGUUGUAGAACAUCUGAAGGAGGAUGAUAAGGAAAAAAACAAGUCAAAAAGAAAUGAUAGGAAUCUCCAACCUCGCCAGAGAAGAAGUAGCAAAAGUCUUUCACUUGAUGAACCGCCCUUGUUCAUUCCAGAUAACAUUUCAACUGUUAAGAGGGAAGGCUUGGAACAUACCUCUGCUAGUGAAAGCAAACAUAUUUGGGUGCCCAGCAAGCAGUGUGGCUUUUGCAAAAAGCCACAUGGCAACAGGUUUAUGGUAGGUUGUGGUAGAUGUGAUGAUUGGUUUCAUGGUGAUUGUGUUGGACUGAGCCUUUCUCAAGCACAGCAGAUGGGUGAAGAAGAUAAAGAGUAUGUGUGUGUGAAAUGCUGUGCUGAAGAAGACAAAAAAAUGGAGUGUUUUGAUCAAAAUGUACCAGAUACUCAAGUGAAACUUGAGCAUAAAGAAGAAAAAGCAAGUGAGUGUGAAAAACUGGGGGUGUCAAAGCAAACACCUACUUGUAAUCUAAAUACAACAACUGAGAAAACAAAGCAAAUGGAGGACACUGGGAAGCACAAAGUCAAAAUCUUCAGACGGGAAUCUGGGGAUGGGAAGAAUUUACCAGAAUCCAGAGACUCAGAUACUAAAAAAGGGCAGCAUGUUCCUGCUCGGAAGGGAUCACAAACUGCUGCAAUUUCUCGGCGGUCUCCUGAAGAUAAAAAUGAAAAAAUAAGUAAAGAAUCUCUUAGUACAGUGGAAAGGUCCACAAAAUCAGGUAUGCAUGAGAAACAAGAAAUUAAGAAAAAGAAAAAUGAGAAAGGAUCCAUUAGUGCAACACACCUGCCAACUGUGCCAGCUUCCAAGCCUUCUGCUGAUCAGAUAAGACAAAGCGUUAAGCAAUCUCUUAAGGAAAUUCUUAUGAAAAGAUUGACAGACUCCAGUUUAAAGAUUCCUGAGGAGAGAGCAGCAAAAGUUGCCACGAGGAUUGAAAGAGAGCUAUUUUCUUUUUUUCGAGACACUGAUGCGAAGUAUAAGAACAAAUACAGAAGUUUAAUGUUCAAUCUCAAAGAUCCUAAAAAUAAUAUACUAUUUAAGAAAGUACUGAAAGGAGAGGUUACUCCAGAUCAUCUAAUAAAAAUGAGCCCAGAAGAACUGGCUUCCAAAGAACUGGCUGCUUGGAGACAGAGAGAAAACAGACAUACAAUUGAAAUGAUUGAGAAAGAGCAGAGAGAGGUUGAAAGAAGACCUAUCACAAAAAUUACUCACAAAGGAGAAAUAGAAAUUGAAAGUGAGACACCAAUGAAAGAACAAGAGGAAGUAAUGGAAAUUCAGGAGCCUAAUAUGAAGUUGUUUGAGAAGUCAGAAGAAGCUGAAAAGGAUAAAGAGAUAAAUGAAUCUGCAUCUCCAGAUACUACAAGUCAACACAAAAAUCAUCUAUUUGAUCUAAACUGCAAAAUCUGCAUAGGCCGAAUGGCACCACCUACUGAUGAUCUGUCAGGGAAGAAGGUGAAGGUAUCUGUUGGGGUUGCACGGAAGCAGUCCGACAAUGAAGCAGAGAGCAUUGCAGACGCACUCUCCUCCACAUCAAGUAUUUUAGCUUCAGAAUUGCUAGAAGAUGAUAAGCAAGACUCAUCAAAAUCAUUCACACCUCUCCCAAAGUCAGAAACGCCUGGUACUGUGGAAUGUGAAAGUCUGUUUCUGGCACGCCUGAAUUUCAUCUGGAAGGGCUUUAUCAAUAUGCCUUCAGUAGCAAAAUUUGUUAUUAAGGCUUAUCCAGUUUCUGGCUCCUUUGAGUAUUUAACAGAGGAUUUACCUGAUAGUAUUCAAGUAGGUGGCAGGAUAUCUCCCCACACUGUCUGGGAUUAUGUAGAAAAAAUCAAAGCUUCAGGGACCAAGGAGAUCUGUGUGGUUCGCUUUACCCCAGUAACUGAAGAAGAUCAGAUCUCCUAUGCAUUGUUGUUCGCCUAUUUCAGCAGCAGAAAACGUUAUGGUGUAGCGGCCAAUAAUAUGAAGCAAGUGAAAGAUUUGUACCUCAUCCCUUUAGGUUCCUCAGAUAAAGUCCCUCAUCACCUUGUGCCUUUUGAUGGGCCUGGGAUUGAAAUACAUCGACCAAAUUUAUUACUGGGAUUGAUAAUUCGCCAGAAAAUGAAGAGGCAGAUUACUGCUGUUUCAAGUGUUACCAGUAGUUUUGCAGAUGAAGCUGCUGAAAGUACCUUGAGUAGCUUGCCACCAGAGAAGAAAAGCAAGCCAAGCAAACCUGAAGUCUCACAUCAUGAUUUGGCACUAGAAGAAGAAGAGGAAAAUAAUUUUUUUAAUUCCUUCACAACUGUCCUACACAAGCAGAGAAAUAAGCCACAGCAGUCUAAUGCAGAUGAUGCUCCAGCAGUUAUUGAACCGUUGGUGGAAAGUACCAAACAUGAACCACCAAAGCCUCUCCGGUUUCUUCCUGGAGUCCUGGUUGGAUGGGAAAAUCAGCCUUCUACGCUGGAGCUAGCGAAUAAACCAUUGCCAGUGGAUGAUAUUCUUCAAAGCCUUUUGGGUACGACAGGGCAGGUGUAUGAGCACAGCAAGUCAGAAGCAGGUCCUAGUGAAGACAUACCAUUAUUAAAUGAACAGGCAACCUUGAAAGAAGAAAGCAUGGAUGUUGCUGAUGUAACUGCUGAAGUUGGUGAAGCAAAGACUGGUUUGGAUGAUCCUCAAGAAUCCACUAAUGCUGCUGUAGCUGUGGAUGCAGCAGCUGUAGGGACCUCAAGCUCUGCAAGAAGUGCUGGUUCUUUGAUAGGGCUGAGUCUUAAGGGAAAACCUCCAGAUGUCUCCACAGAAGCAUUUUUAGCAAAUUUGUCUGCUCAGGCACAGAAUAAGGAAACUGAAGAAAGUAAAGAAAAUGACUCAAAGCGACAGUUACCGGACAAGGAUAGUGUUGCACAGGAAGUUAGAAGGAGCACAAAUUCCAGCUUUUCUUCCUCAUCAAAUUCAGGAAAAAAACCCAGUGAGAACAAUGUUAAUGUAGGCUCUGCUGAAGGUACUACUGCUAAUACCUCUAAAUCACCACCAUUUAUAAAUCUUAAAAGAGACCCACGACAGGCAGCUGGACGAAGCCAGCAGACUAAUAUUUCAGAAAACAAGGAUGGAGAUGUUAGCAGAAAUGAAGACCGACAAAAUGCUUCAGGAAAUGAUCAAGGAGAACCAGAGAAUAAACAACUUUGUGGAGAAGGGGGCUUAAACCCGUAUCAAAGUGAGGCACAAACCAAUGAGACACAGUUCAGUUCAGCUGCAGCUAAGGCAGAUAACACAGUUGCAUCACAAGCAGAAGAUACCAAACAGUCACAGGAAGAUGGAUUGAUGCAAAAUAUUGAAACAGUGAACUCAUUUAGAAGAGGGCCAGCCGCAACUUCAUCUCAUUUUGAAACUGAGAACUCUUCUCGUUCUGAAUUUAUUUCCAAAGUCCCAAGCCCUGUUGCAAGUGGCAGCUUCUCAUCCGUUGGACCUCCACAGCAGAAUUUUCAGCAUUCUAAAUCUAAUCCACCUGGAUUUCAGUUCCAGGCUCCUGCACCUCAUAACUUUCCUCCACAAAACAACCCUAUGUUUGGAUUUCCCCCUCAUUUACCACCUCCUCUUCUUCCUCCUCCUGGCUUUGGUUUUCCUCAAAAUCCAAUGAUGCCAUGGCCACCAGUAGCUCAUUUAUCAGGUCAGCCACCACAGUAUGCCGGACCCAUUGCACAAGGGCUACCAGUGGCUCACAAACAAUCAAGAUUUAUGGGACCAGAAAAUUUUUUUCAGAGUAAAGACAGUAGGAGACCAGAAAGACGCCACAGCGAUCCUUGGGGCAGAGAAGAACAGCAUUUGGAGAGAGGAUUCAGUAGAGGAAAAAAUGAUCGACAAAGACUUUACAGUGAAACCCAUCACCAAAAAAAAGACAGACAUGAAAAAGAGUGGAGCAAUGAAAAAUACUGGGAGCAGGAUUCUGAAAGAAAUAGGCGCAGAGACAGAAACCAGGAAAAAGAGAGAGAGCGGAAGAGUAGAGAGGAAGGACAGAGAGACAAAGAACGAGUGCGAUCCCCACACAGUGAUAGAGCUGCUGAUGGAAAAAGCCCCAAAGAGACUAGAUAUCCAGAAAAAAAGACAGAGAAGCCCAAAAGUGAUGAACAGGCUCAUGAAAAAGAUAAGGAGAGGGAGAAAAGCAAAGACAAGCAUAGAGAACGAGAAAGUGAAAAGAACAGAGAGAGACAUAGGGACCACAGUGACAGAACUAAAAGCAAAAGGUAAAAAGAUGCAGGCAGUCUUUUAAAAUCCUAUUUAAAUAAACUGUUAGAGUAAUGUCGUAAAACUUUGUAUGACAAAAAAAAAAAAAAAAAGAGAGCCUGCUAGGAUUGUGCCAUCGUUUUUUAUUCUGUGUUGGUGUUUUGCAGAAACAAGUCUGUGUUUUGGUACCACUCAGUGUACCAAUACUCAUCCUUCUUUUCAUUAUACCAACUAUCACUAGAAGUAGGAGUUUAAUAUUUUAAAAAUUUUACAUUGCUGUAUAUUCAAAAUUUUAAAGAUUUCUUUUUAUUAAUAUGCAAUAAAGGCUUAGGAAUUUUCUUAGCUGAGGAAGUUGGCUUUAGUCAAGUCUGCAAUAUAGUUGCUGCCUUUGGUAAUUUGUGCUCUCUUCUGUUUUAAGAUGCCCUGAUAAUUUUAAAGGUCGUUUUCAUACAAUAACCUUGUUUUUAAAUUGCACUGUUUUUAAAGACUGCAGCAAAGCCUCAGAAUCCACAUGUUACAACAAAAUGUAAUAUGCUUGGUGGUGUGAAAAGUUUGGGUUUUUUUUUAAUUAUUCAGUAGUACAAUAAAACCUCAACUAUAUUUCGUUUUAUUAUAUUUCAAGUUUUUCCUAAGCAUCUGAAGCAGUUUGUGACCAGAAAUUGGAAGGCUGAGCUGCUCGAAUGUUACUGCUUUAAACUGCACUUGUUUUAAUAAGAAAGCAUUUCUAACCUAAAUUCUUGAAAAUUAUUUGUAGUAGUAAAUUCAUUUCUCCCACCAUUUUCCAUGCUUCAAAAACUUGAAUACCUAAGCUUGUACAUUACUUUGUGUUUUGCUAUCCUUUUUACUGUAAAAUGUAAAUAUUUUAAGGGAUAUUUUGAUUCUAAAAUGAUAAAACUUUCUCACAUACUGUGUGUGUUUGAUUUCAUAGCUGUGAAACUGUAGGCUGAAUGAAUAUAGAAGGCUGAGUCACAGAAUGCCACAUUUGUUGUACACUUCAUAGCUCAGUUUGUUUUGAGUUUUGGAGAACAAAGAGGGGGCAGAAAGGCAGAAGUGUUUGUACCCUUGGGACUUGUGGUAACUUGGUAUUUUGUGGACUACCAUCCACCAAUGGCAAAGAACAUGCAAAUGUGAAAACAAAAUCACCUACUCUAAUACUUUUUAAAAUUACACUGGGCAUCUUAUUGAGUCUGUCAGAAACAACAAAAAUAUUCCACCAUAUAAAGAAAAACUGAGGUUUAUUGUUCUGGUUUUCAGUGUUUUGUUUUUCCACUUUGAGUACACAACCUUACUAUGCUGCUUGACAGUAUUUUGCACUUUGCUGUUGAAAAGCCUCUUCUUUCCAGAAAAGUCUUCCCAGUUUAACAAUAUUCUAAUUGUUAGUUUUAUUAUUAAUAUAUUUUAAGGUAAAUUUUUACUUGGAUACCUUGCAAGUAACUUCAUGGUCAAAUUGGCUAAAAUUAAAAAUCUUGCACUGAAUAAAGGAGGUGGUAGGCUUAUUAAGUGAUGUUUCUUCAGCUCAUCAUUGAGAAGACUAAUUAAAAUCCUCAGUAGCUAAAAGAGAUAGUCAAACAUCUUUAAAAUAAAAUUAGUCCUUUCCAAAUUAAUUCCAUGGUCUGUAAAGCAGUAGUGCUAUUGAAUAUAUCUGGUAGUAAUAUACAUGUGUUUUGGUGUUUAAAUAUCUGCACCAAGUUCUGUAGGCACAGAAAUGCACCAAAGCAUUGUUCUCAUUUUUGGAGUAAGUUUUAAAUGGACAGCUCUGCAUAUGAAGAUUUUCUUUUGAUCCAUUCAAAAGUAGUCUACUCCAAGGUCACUGAUGAUCUGCCUCUCACAUGUGCAUCCAUCUCUGCUUUGAAAAUAAACUGGAAGCAGUGGAAAUUGCAACUGCCUGUAUGGAAGGGAUGGGAAUGCUUUCUGCCAGAAUUACCAGAAAUAAUUUGUUUAAAAGAAUAUGUAAACAUUUUUCAAGUUUGCUGAGUGCUUUGCCACCUGCCUUGUGUAUUGUAAAACCUGAAGAGAGCCACAGUAAAACAGCUCUUGAGGGAGAGUUUUGUUAAGUGUUUAAAUUAAAAAACAGCGAAAGUCUCCAAGAUUUUUUGCUAGGAUGUGAGUUAGUGUAAUGGGAAUAAAUCCUGCUAUUACAGGAAUAAAGGAUUUUACUUCUCCAUUGCCUUCAGUCACUCUCCUUCCAACAUUUGUGUUAGCUGAAAGUGCUCCGAUUAUUUGUUCCUUGUUUUACACUGAAUCACUGCUCAGAUCACAAAAGGCAGUGUGGACUGCUGAGGAACUGGCAGUACACCAGAAGCCUGAGAGAGAACAGGAUAAACUUUAAUAUGCUCCCUUCUCCAGCAUCAUGUGGCCAUAAAAGACCUGACUUAGAGAAGCUGGAAGAGAAGAUCUGGGGCAGCUCGAAUACCAGGUGGGCUUCAUGAGCUGCCUUUUGGGAAGAGUUGCAGAAGCUCUCUUGCAUCGGGCUGAUCACUUGGGGACUCAGAGCAGCUGAAGAAGAUAGAAUGAACCUCACAAAGAUGUUUGCAGAUGCUUAAUAAAACACCUUGGGGUAGCUCCUGUGUACUUUACUUAUCUUUAAGUGACCUGUAACUGACUUGACAGUGCUUUCAUUGUUACACGUUAAGUAUGGUGAUGUGGAAGCAAGUGUGUGUCACCUAGUUUUAGGUGCUUGUGGCCUUUGCUCUAUAACACACACCCCAUCCUCACUUCCCUCUCCACCCCAAAAUAGUUACUUGUUUCUGACAGGUAUAUGCUGAAGACCUGCAUUCAGGGAAUAUCCAUGCAAGGAGGUUAUGGUUUGUUAUUACUGUGCUUUUGAGCAGUAGUAAAGUGAAAAAGGAAAAGAUACUAAUCAAUCACUAUUAUUUUUAUUUAAUAAUUUUACUUAUUUAGUAAGCCAGCCAUCAAAUGAGAAAUGUAGAUGCCAUCAUACAUUAUUGGUGUAAGCACAUUAAAAUAGAAUUAUAAUUUUUUUAUUGCUUUCUAAAGCAGAAUAUAAUACAGCUUUAUGAGAAGGAAUUGAUUUUUUGUAUUUAUGAAUGAACAGCUCUACUUACUUUUGAGAUUAUCAAUUAAUGAAAAAUAUAUUUGCAGAAAUUUGGUUUACUAUGACCAAAACCUCUGUACAAAAAUUUGAAAUAUCAUUUAGGGGCAUAUAAGCCAGAAAGAUAUAGGUAAAGUAGAACAAUUCUUGGACUUUUUAAGGUCUUAAGAAUAAAUGUUACUUGUAGGCAGAUGCCACAUUCCAGUUAUAAAUCAUUAAAGCCAAAAGUUUUCAUGUAGUCAAAUAGGGGGGACCUCUGCUGGAGAAGACCAGGAGGCCUGUUUUCUUUCUCUAAAAUUAUAUAUGUUUUUUGCUCUUAAAAGCAUUCUUUAAGUGUAAUAUUUUAGCAGACUUAAGAGAGACUGGAAUUCUACCCUCUUACAUUAUACAUACAGGAUGGACACACUCAGAAGAGAGGGAGAACAACUUCAUUACCUAAUUAGAGUUUGUGGACUUCACAAGUAAUUAUAGCUGUUGCAUUUUUUAAAAUUCUCAUUACAAUAAUCAUGCUUUUUGCCUCAAGCACACCUUUUCUUCCCCACCAAUUUCAGUUUUUAAACUGGAUCAUAAUAUUAUUAAAGAAACAGUCUAAUAAUAUUCAGCAGUUGGAGAAACAGGUAACAGUUGUCUUUUCUCGUAAAGCAACAAACAACACUUGAAUGAUGGUUGGCUUUAUAAGCUAAUCACUACCUCUUUGUUUACAAAACUAUUUCCAGCACAAUAAAGAAAAAAACUCCAAACCUUCAGACUUUCCCAUUAUUUUAAAAUAAAUGCUAAAGAGUAUAUAUAAAUAAUUCUAUGAAGAAAACAAUUGAUCAUAUUUUAUAUGUAUAUGCUACUAAUGCUCCACAUAGAUUUGUCUCUUACUACUUUUUAAGUGCUUUCCUAUGUUUGUUGCUCAAUCAUACACUGCCAGCUAACACAAUAAACAGGAGGAGAAGGAA